AACAACUAACAAUUUAUUAAUUAACCCCCCAACUCAUCAAUUGUUUUCUUCAUGUUCUCCUUAUAUCUUCACUAAUAAUCUCAAUAUUAAUCAACUAGCUUAUUAUUAAUUACUUCCUUAAUUUCAUCAAAAUGAUGAAAUCAUAUAGAGGAAAACUACCUCUCCCUAUUAUUGUAGGAAUAAUAUGUGUUCUUGCAUUCUUUGUUUUCUUGUACAAUCAAAGAAUGAUCCUUCUUUCUUCUACUUAUCUUGUAAGGAUUAGCACUUGUGCUAGACAAUCAACAGAUGGAACACGAGCAGGAAGAGAUGGGAUGGAAGACGAAGAUAAACUGGAGUAUGAUGCAGAUAUUUGUGAUAUAAGUGACGGUAAAUGGGUGUUUAAUCGGUCAAUUAAGCCACUUUACUCGGAUCGAACCUGCCCUUAUUUGGAUAAACAAGUUUCUUGUGUUAAAAAUGGACGUCCUGAUUCUAACUAUCGCUAUUGGCAUUGGCAACCUGAUGAAUGCUCUUUGCGAAGAUUUAAUCCAGAAAGAGCAUUAAAAAAGCUAAAAGGAAAAAGAUUAUUGUUUGUGGGAGACUCAUUGCAACGAGGGCAAUGGCAAUCUUUUGUUUGUUUAGUGGAAUCAAUUAUACCGGAUGGACAAAAGUCCAUGAAGCGUGGACGUGCUCAUUCAGUCUUCAAAGCCAAGGAAUACAAUGCAACAAUAGAAUUUUACUGGGCCCCAUUUCUGGUAGAGUCAAAUUCAGAUCUUAAGAUUGUAGGUGAUCCAAGGAAGAGGAUCUUGAAGGUGGAUUCUGUUGCUAAGCAUGCCAAGCAUUGGUUAGAUGUUGAUUUCCUUGUCUUCAACACCUAUGUUUGGUGGAUGAGUGGCUUGAAGAUCAACUCUUUAUGGGGAUCAUUUGCAAAUGGAGAAGAAGGGUAUGAAGCAUUGGAUGCACCUAUUGCAUAUAGGCUUGCUUUAAAGACAUGGGCUAAUUGGGUUGAUUCAACUAUUAAUCCUAACAAGACUAGGGUGUUCUUCACUACAAUGUCUCCCACUCACAUGAGACCAGUCGAGUGGAACAACAAGGACGGCAUAAAAUGCUUCAAUGAAACAAAACCAGUAAAGAAAAGAGGACAUUGGGGAUCCGGUUCCGAUAAACGGAUAAUGCAUGUAGUUGCAGAUGUAUUGGGUAAAAUGAAAGUCCCAGUGACAAUCCUAAAUGUGACUCAACUCUCAGAAUACAGAGUAGAUGCACAUACCAAAGUGUAUACAGAGACAGGAGGUAAACUACUAACUGAUGAACAGAAAGCAGACCCUUUACACCAUGCUGAUUGUAUACAUUGGUGUUUACCUGGUGUUCCCGAUACUUGGAAUCAAAUUUUUCUUUCCUUUUUGUGAUAUUGUGUAACCUUAAAACAAAUAUGGUUACUUGUCAAGUGAUUCAACAACCUUCAAUUAUAAAUAGUGCUUUCAAGUUUCA